AUGUCUCAAUCAACGACAUGGCCACCGUCUGCGGGACUGACUACAAAUGUAGUUUCACGGAAGGAUGCUGUGCUUCAGUGUUUCUCUUCAAAACACGUUGCAGCACCCGCCGCCACCGUAUUCGAAGCGAUCCUCCGUGUUGAGGAUUACCACAAGUGGAACAGAUGGGUGCCCAAAGCCCAAAUCAUCAGCCAAAGCCCUUCAGAUGAUCCCAACGUAGACAUCAAUGACCUGAGCCGCAUGCGUUCAGGAACGAUUAUGAACUUCCCCGCCAUUAUGGAUGCCAAAAAGCCAGAGAAAGUGAGCGACGCAGAACUGCAAGUCACGGACAUUUCAACUCCUAAUAGCCCAUCCGAAUACGUCAGUAAGGAAAUCCUGGAAACUGACGGGAGCUUCACUGCGGACUUGAGCAGAGUGUACAGGGUAUCCUGGGCCCUGCACGGCGGGUUCGUCGCGCGUGGGCUCAAGACCGAACGUUUCCACGAGGUCAUUGUCACUGGAGAGAACGAGUGCGAAGUCAGGACGUGGGAGGUCAUGGGGGGAGUGUUGGCUUAUACGGUCAAAUGGAUGUUUCGGGCAAACUUGCGGGAGAAUUUCGAGCUUUGGAUGACCGACCUGAAGGCCUGGAGCGAGAAACUGCAUCUUGAUCAAAGUGCCUCAACGUGA